AUGAUCGACGAGAAUGGAUUGAUACAAAUCUGUCGAAAUGGGUACUUGGAUUGGACAUAUUGCACCUGUAAUGAAAGCGAUAGCAAGACGAAAUCACCGAAUACUUUUCGAGGUUCAACAACAUAUUCUUGUCAGUGUUUGCCAAGUAAGACGCUUCGCCGAGCACCGAUUGAGAGUAUUCUCAAAAUUUUAAUAACAUCUAUUCAUUUUUCCAUCGAAUUAAUAACCGGUUAUGAUGCAAAUCCAAGACCUCAUAUUGGCGAUGAAAAUGCUCAUCACACUGCGAUGCUUUUUGGCUUCUUUCUUGGUGCAUGGAUUGAAAUUCUCGUUCAUUUCAAAGUUCCAUUUCCCAAACGCACCACACAAAUCAUGGGUUUCCUGGCUUUUGCGAUCGAAGGUUUAAUGAUGGUUUUUCAUUUACAUGCUCGAAAUAUGGUAGAUGCUCACAUACAUCAACUACUUGGUGUAACAAUUGUCUGUUCGAUGAUCAGUGCAUUAUGUGAAUGUUAUAAUCCGAAUAAUUUCUGGUUAAUUGUUUCCAGAAGUUAUUUUGCGUUAAUGCAAGGUACAUGGUUUAUCCAAGCAGCUUAUGUCAUCUGGCCAAAAACAACGAACCCCUUGUUUCUUUGGGAUCCAGAAUCACAUCGAUCAGUAUCAUUGCUAACCAUGUCCUAUGCUUAUCAUUUAGCAGGAAAUGCAUCUAUAUUGAUUAUGAUCUAUCUUUUUGUUUAUAAGUUCUUCUCGGCAAGUGUAAGGAUCAAUAAUGAUGACGAAGGUGACAAUGAAGAACUGGCAACGGACUACAAAUUGAUAUUGAAUCUAAAUGACGAAGAAAGUUGUAUUCAAUGA